AUGGAGGACCCAACGGCAAUGCCACUGUCAGCACACAAUCGUCGAGAGACAAUCGACGUCGAUGAAGACAAGAUCGAAUCCGGCAACGGCACUCCAGCCGCUCGUGAUGACGGAGCCGCCAAGACAGGACAGCAGCACUCUGAAGACGACAUUCCGCUGUACAUGACGUUCAGCCCGGCCCAUGAAUUCGUCUUCGUUUGCCUUCUAUGCUGCACCCAACUUCUCACGCAAGCCGCUCUUGGCCAAACACUCGUACCCCUGCACAUCAUAGGCGAGUCGCUCGGUACAUCGGAUCCCGCACAAUUAUCAUGGAUGGCAGCAGCUUAUUCUUUGACCGUCGGCACCUUCGUACUGCCGGCUGGACGUCUAGGCGACAUGCUGGGACCGAAAACGAUGGUGGUCAUUGGAUGGAGUUGGUUCGGUCUGUUCUCCACACUGGUGGGCCUAAGUGUCUACGCGGCCAAAGGUAACGCCGCUGUCAUAAUGUUCUGCGUCUCUCAAGGCAUCAGGGGAAUCGGCCCAGCAAUCCUUCUGCCAAAUGCUCUUGCCAUCUGCGGACGCUCGUACCCAAACGGCCGACGAAAGGAUGUUGUUUUCGCGCUGUUCGCAAUGACUGCACCUUCCGGGUUCUGGAUUGGAGGCAUAUUCGCUAGUAUCUUCAGUCAAUUCGCUUGGUGGCCUUGGUCGUUCUGGAGCAUGGGAAUCACAGCCACUGGUCUUGCCUUUGGGGCUUACUUCGUUAUCCCUGACGAGAAAGAAGCUCACAAUCAUGGCCAGAAGUUUGAUUACAUCGGCACUUUCCUUGGCGUGAGCGGUCUGGUGCUCUUCAAUUUCGCGUGGAACCAAGCAACGGUUGUCACCUGGGCCAGUGCCUACGUCUGCGUUCUCUUGAUCGUUGGCCUAUUGCUCUUGGUCGCCUUUGUCUUCUAUCAAACUCGAAUUUCUCACCCUCUACUCCCAAUAGAGAUCUUCUCUUUCGGUACCGUCUCGAUUCUUGUCAUUGUGGGACUUGGAUGGGCUUCCUUCGGUGUCUUCAUCUUCUACACCGUCCAGAUUUUGGAGACUAUCCGGACACUUACGCCUGUUGAAACGUGUGUACAACUCAUCACUCUCGCUUUGGGGGGUUGCAUUGCUGCUCUCAGCACUGGCCUCUCGAUUCGCCACAUUCCAGCUCCGUGGCUGCUGAUGAUAGCCGCCACAUCUUUCAUGGUCGGCAAUAUCCUAUCGGCUACGAUGGGAGCUAGACAGACGUAUUGGGCCGAGACGUUCGUCGCCUUCAUCAUCAUCUCGUUCGGUAUGGACAUUUCCUUCCCGGCUUCCACGUUGAUCCUAUCGGACAUGGCACCGAGAAAUUUGCAGGGAAUUGCGGCUAGUUUGGCGAAUACCGUCAUCAACUACAGCGUCUCCCUAGGCCUGGGAGUUGCUGGCACUGCUGAGUUACAAGUGGACCCUGACAGUGAGAGUCUAUUACAUGGAUAUCGCAUCGCACUGUGGGUUGCUGUAGGUAUGGCGGGCCUUGCACUGCUGAUUGCGGCAUGCUUCGCGCUUUAUGCACAUAACGCUGGGCUGAAUGUCACAGAACCCCGUGAAAGAAAGAAGGAAUGCAGUGUGUGA